UCACCCGGAAGUGCGUCUUACAGCAUGGUGGAAGGUGUGUGGAAGCACAAUGGCACAUAGUGUACUACAUUGUUUUAAGAGGAUAAACUUGCCUGUUGUGAAUGUUUGUAACGAGCUUUUUGGUAAAUCUCUACGGAUUCAGUCUCGUGGUUAUGCUGUUAAGAAACAAGUUACCAAGGGCAAGGGCAAAGGGAUGGUAAAGGAAGCUUUUAAGGCUCCAGAAGUCUGUAAGGAUCCAGUGAGACUUUGUACACAUGCCGUUGGAGUCAACGUCUUUAAACAAGGCGAUGACCCUUUUUUAAAACCCAAGGAGGAAUAUCCAGAAUGGCUGUUUCAGUUGGACCUCGGCCCACCCAAAAAAAUCAGUGACUUGGAACCAGACAGUUGGGAAUACUUGAAGCUUUUAAGGAAGGAACAUAUUUGGAGACAAAAUAAACUGAAUAAAGCCAAAAAGAUGUAGCAAGGCCCAAGGGAACGCCCUUUGCUUUCACUUUGGACAUUACCUGAGACACAGGUUGAGUGUUUCUCUGCUGAGUGGACCUCAGACCCGGAGAAGGUCAUCUUUUGCAGUGUAACGAACAAGUCAAGUGCUGAAAAAAAUAAGCGAGCUUCUUCAGCUUUGCCGGUUGUGUUGGUUGUAUGUUUGCUGUCAUCCUUUGUAUUGCUGUUAAUGUCAUUGUGUUAUCGGUUUCAAUUCUGUCACAUGAAAAAUACAACUUCCAAUGCAGCAUAUCAAAAA